UAAAAUCCCGAGACCAAAAUUUACUCUCAGCGACCUCAUCUUGUCCGACGUAGUUGCCUUAUCCCGGCGGCGGAUAAUUCCGGCAGAUUUCUCUUGUGUAUCUCCCGGGGGAUGAAUCUGAAGUCUGGAAACUGAACUUUUCCGGUAAAGAGACUAUGGCAACGGUCAGACAUUUCUUAAACCCUCGCCGAAACCCUGGUUACCUUAGUCUCUGUUCGGAGCUCUUCUCCUCGGCCGCUUCUCUGGGUUCACCUUUCACGGACACAGGGACGAUUUUGAGAUCCCUUUGUGAAAAACCAAACCCUCAGUUUGAGGAUGCCGUUUCGCUCUUCGACCGGGCGGUGAAUUCCGGUGGCAAUCUUACUUUCGCCGGAAACUAUCUGAUGUCAAAUCUGGUGAAGUCUCAGAAAUACGAAUUAGCAUUCUCGGUUUAUCAUAAGAUGGUUUAUGCCGCUAUUUCCACCAAUUUUCUAUCGUUGAGUGGGUUGCUUGAAUGUUUUGUUCAAAUGGAUAGGAUCGAGUUUGCGCAUGGAGUUCUAGGGUUGAUGACGAAGCGUGGGUAUAAUUUCCAUGUAUACAACUUUAACAUUCUCUUGAAGGGUUUAUGUAGGGACCGGGAAUUCGAUAAGGCUAUUAGUUUGGUGAGGGAAAUGAGGAAAAAUUCUCCCUUUCCUGAUGCUGUCAGUUACAAUACAAUUGUACGGGGUUUCUGUGAGGAGAAAGAGUUGGAGAAAGCAUUGCAGUUAUUGCAUGAAAUGGAAGCCAAUGGCUCACAUCCGAGUUUGGUAACUUGGGGGAUUUUGAUCGAUGCCUUUCGCAAGGUUGGUAAUAUGGAAAAAGCAAUGGCCUUGCACGAGGACAUGAGACGUAAGGGGAUUGAGGCAGAUGCUGUUGUGUAUUAUGUACUCAUUCGGGGGUUAUGUGACCGCAGUGAGGUUGCUAAAGGGAAAGCACUCUUAGAUGAGAUGCUCGAAAAAGGCAUUUCCCCUGAUGUAAUUGCAUAUAAUACUCUUAUUCGAGGAUUUUGCAAGGUAGGACAGUUGAAAGAAGCUUCGGAAAUGUUUGAGGUUAUGAUUCAACGUGGGGUUCGCCCAAAUGUUUAUACAUACACGGUUCUAAUCGAUGGUCUCUGCAGUCUAGAUAAGACCAAGGAAGCCCUGCAAAUCUUUAACCUAAUGGUGGAGAAGGAUGAAGAACCAAACGUCGUGACAUAUAACAUCAUUCUUAAUAAGCUGUGCAAGGAUGGCCUUGUGAGUGAAGCAUUUAAGGUUGUUGAACUAAUGAAGAAGAGGAAUACAAAACCUGAUGUCAUAACAUACAAUAUUUUGUUGUCGGGUCACUGUGUGAAAGGUGAACUGGAUGAAGCAUUGGAGCUUUUCAAUCUGAUGCUGAAUGAUAAGAAUUAUGUUGCGCCAGAUAUCAGAUCUUUUAAUGUGCUCAUUUAUGAACUCAGCAUAGCAAAUCGUCUUCAUCAAGCUUUAGAUCUCUACGAUUUGUUGGUCAAGAAGUUGGGCCCUGGAGAUUCAGUGACUGUUAAUAUUUUGCUCUGUGAAACUCUCAAAUCUGGUGAUGUGAAGAAGGCCAUGGAACUCUGGAAACGUGUGGUUGGUUUGGGAGUUAUUCCGGAUUCAAGCUCCUAUUCAUCUUUGAUUGAUGGGUUUUGCGAAAUUGGCAUGCUUAACUUUGCAAAGGGACUGUUUUGUAAAAUGAGACGCUCCGGAUUUCGGCCUGUCGUUAGGGACUACAACUGUAUAAUGGCAUCAUUGUGCAAAGAGAGCAGCUUGGAGCAAGCAAGGAAGUUGUUUGAAGAAAUGCAUCGUGGUAACAUUGUUCCCGACAAUUUUUCUUUCAAUAUUAUGAUAGAUGGAAGUCUCAAAGCUGGGGAUAUUAGUUCUGCAAAGUCACUACUCAAGGAGAUGUCCCGAUUCAGUCUUUCUCCUGAUAAGUUUACAUAUUCGUUGAUGAUAAAUAGGUUCCUAAAACUUGGGCAUUUAGACGAGGCCGUUAGUUCGUUUGACAGAAUGGUUGCGAGUGGCUUUUCACCUGAUGCCUAUGUUUGCGAUUCUGUGUUGAAGUAUUGCAUUUCGAAGGGACAGACGGACAAGUUGAUAGAGCUUCUUCAGAAACUUGGGGAGGUAGAUAUUGUGCUUGACCAGGAAUUGUCUUGUACCAUCAUGGAAUAUGUCUGCAGUAGCUCUGUGGACAUGGAUCUUGUGAAGCGGUUGCUGAAAAUUCCUGAUGAUACACGGCAAGAGGAUAAGUAGGGUUCUUAGUUAGUCAUUGUCGGUUGAUGGAUUUAAGCUGGGGAAAUAUGGAUCAGAAGCUGAGAUAGCUUGGAUUCAGGCUGUCCAUCAUCAGGCCUUGGUGGGUGGUUUCUGCUAUUUUAGGAUGGUAAUUCCUUCUGCCCUUCAUUCCAUCCUGCUUGAAGCUGAAACCUUUGUGGGUUUGGCGUAUAAAUCUAAGUAUGCUGUCUGAUUAUCGAGGAACGAACUCAUGCCAUGUCUGAAUCGACAACAACAACAACAGCGCCAUCUCUUCCGUCCGGAAAAUUUUUGGUUGGAGACAGAAUGUUAUCCCGUUUGAAUUAAAUAUGGUGUUUUCAUAUAAACAUAUACUUAGUAUUUUAUUAUUAGACUAUUUUCUUACACCUAUAACUUUUCAUGCAACUGCUCCAUUAGAAUCUGUAGAAUCUUGAAAUCCCUCCCUAUAAUCUCGUUUUUCCUUAGUCUUA